CUUAUUUACGACACAAAAUCCCCUUCUUACUAUAAUAUAUACGUCGAUUAGGCGCACCAAGUCGCCGGUAAAAUCCUUGCUGGGGGCAUCCUGAUACCUUUUUAGCACCAGUUGUGGUUACCGUAAGAAAAAAUGAGAAAGAUAUAUAUAGAGAACGCACAAGAUAAAGGGAAACGUAUACAAUAGCCCAUGGUGAGGCCUAUUAAAAGGCCUUUGUAUGGGGUCCGAUUUUUUGAUCGGUUCCAGUGCCGUACUUUUUAAGAAUGGUUGUUGGACAACCAAUACAAUACUACUACCCUUACGGGCAAUCGCCGCCAUCUGUUAAAACGGCUUUCCCGUAUUUUCAUCAGUUUGAAAAUUUUGCUGCUUCAAUGGAACCAAGUGACGAUUAUCCCAUGGUUACUUCUCCCAGUAACAGUACUCAGAGUGAUAGCGAUAACUCUGUAUCGAGUAUUGAAAUUCCCUCUCACUCCAUAGAGAUUCCCAAGAAAGAGGAGCGCAGACAGUGCCUUUGGAUAAAUUGCGGCACUAUUUUCCAGUCUCUGACUGAAUUGGCAAGCCAUGUCGCUCAGUACCAUUCAGCUGGCGCUUCCGAUGGCCUUUUUUAUUGUGGAUGGGAGGGUUGCAAUCGAAACAAUAAAGCUUUUAAUGCGAGAUACAAAAUGUUAGUCCACGUCAGGACCCAUACAAAUGAAAAACCGCACAGUUGUGGCCAGUGUAACAAGUCCUUUUCCCGCGCUGAAAAUUUGAAAAUUCACUCAAGAUCGCACAGCGGGGAAAAACCAUACGUUUGUCCAGUUCCUGGUUGCGGAAAAGCAUAUUCUAACUCCAGCGACCGGUUUAAGCAUACGAGAACUCAUUCUGUUGAAAAACCGUAUCAGUGUAAGGUGCCUGGAUGUCCCAAAAGAUACACGGAUCCUAGCAGUCUUAGAAAGCACGUCAAAACAUAUAAGCAUUAUGCUCCUGAGCCGCUCGCAAACAUAGAGAGUUUUAAAAACGUGUCUGAUUCUUACAGAAUGGUAGAUGAUCAUUCUAGAUUGCAAGAAAAUAUUGAUUUUAAUGAUAAAUCAGAUGCAAAUUCCAAGUUGAACUCAGGAAAUAUCAAAAUUGCUCAAUUUGGAGAAAGCAUUGAAAAUCACGUUCCUGUUAUAAUGGUUAAUAAUGCCAGAAAAGUUAAUGAAAGUUACCACAAGGAAUCACCAACGCAGCAAAGCAAAGAUAUAUUUGGGUUGAAAGCGUUUAUUGACCUUAAAGCCGACAACUACGGUUUUGCUGACACAUGCGAAAGCAAGAAACUAUAUAAACCGUAUGAGCUAGAUAGUAAUAGACUGAUUCAUGCGCCUAUAGCCAUAGACGCUCCUUUGGAUUUGAGUAUUAAAAGAAAUAUUUAGAUAAUGCUAAUUUUCUUAUAUUUGAUUUUUGUUUGUUUUUUUAUUGGUUUUUGUUUGGUUUUCUUUUUGCUUUUCUAAUCCACAUGCGGGUUUUUUAAUUAUCUUAAUUGUAAUAAUAUAAAAUUACUGUACUUUAUGAAUAGAAGAUGUAUGAAAACUCAAUACAGUUUUUUAUGAAUUUCUA